AUGCUGCUCAAAAGCCUGGUGGCGAUCGUCAGAAAUUCAAGAAGCAGCAGCGCUGCCCAAGUUGAUGCGCUCAUAUCGGCAUGUGGUAUUGACAUUCUGUCACUCACUUAUCCAGUCGAUACUGUUGCUGCUCUUGGGACCCAAGUCGAUGAUGUUGUUGGUCAAGGGACCCCCCCAGCUGAUGAUGUUGAUGCUCCUGGGACCCAAGUUGAUGAUGUUGCUACUCAUGGGACCCCCUCAGCCGAUGAUAUCACAAUCGACAUUCCAGAGAAAUCGGAACGUCCUUUAACGAAGGAAUUGGAAUCGGAAUAUCCCUUUAUAAUAUCUGGGAGUGCAGCGGUGCCCCCUGAUAAGCUUUCCAUGGUGACGUGUGCAGCGGUGUCCCCUGAUAAUCUUUCCAUCCCUGUAAUACAUAGGAGUCCUGAUACGAGGAAUUGGAUCAUCUACAAGGUUCCCAAUAAGCUCCGGAAGAUACGUCCAGCAGCUUACACUCCCCAACUAGUUUCAAUUGGGCCUUUUCACCAUGGCAAAUCAAACUUGAAGGUCAUGGAAUAUCAUAAAGCCAAGUUCAUGAAUGAAUUCCUGGGGCGGUCCUUCUGUAUUCAUACUAAGGAGGAGAAUUUGAUCCACGAGAUCACGGAAAUCAAGGAAGAAGAUGGGAAACUUGUGGAAAAAGCACAGCGUAGCUAUCAAGAAGAGACCUUUGAGCCUGAGAAUAAGAAAAAGUACUGGGAGGUCCCGAAAAACAUUUUACGAGAUGCCUGCUUCAUCCUUGAGCCCUUCCUUAGAAACCACGAAAAUCAAUUUUCGCUUCCCGAUGAAGAAGAUAAGAAAACGAAGCAGCUUUCUGAUAAAGAAAUCAAAGAUGAUGCUUGCUUCAUCUUUGAGAGAUUCUUUAGAAACCACCAAAUUCAAUCUCGAUCUCCCAAUAAAGAAGAUGAGAAAUAUUCAGGGGACUACAUAUUAAGUCCAUGGGUUAAGGACUUUCCCAAGAGUUCUGAGUAUUUGACCCUCUGUCUCCAUUCUGCAAAGCAACUGGAUAAUGCGGGGGUGAAGUUUGGGCGUCCUAAAGUUGCUACAUAUUUAGCUGGCAUAACGAUUUAUCUGAUGUUAAGGACGAUGAUAAGCGCUGCUGGUGGAAUUGCCGCGAUCGCUGUAGAUGACAACACCGAGUGCAUUUUCAGAAACUUCAUGGCGUUGGAGCAGUUUGUUUAUCCAAAGGCUCCUCGUAUCUGCAAUUAUAUUUUUGUGCUGGAUCAACUCAUCGACACCGCUGAAGAUGUGGUUUUUCUGGUUGACAAGGGAAUCAUUGAGAACUGGCUUGGCAGUAACAAGGCCAUGGCUGCCUUGGUUAACAUACUCUGUGACCAAAUUGUGACACCGGGUUUAUUCUAUGCUGAUAUCUGCGACAAACUUAACAAGUAUCACAGCAAAAAUUUGAAUGUUGCCAGGUCAACCCUCAACAGGGUUUACUUCAAGGAUAUUUGGACUGGCAGUUCCCACUGUUGUUGGGCUUGUUAUCGUUGUGUUCUCCUUCUUCUCUACCUAUUCUACCAUCAAGAAUCUCUUCUUUGUAUGAGGGAAAAUAUGUCAAUUAGCUAG